UAUGAAUAUUCAGUGUUGUGCGGGGUUGGACUUCAGUUGUCGGAUGUUUUUCGUCCUGUGACAAGAUAUGCGCGCUUGUGUUAGCGUCAAGUGCUAAUCAGCCUUCGGACAUGGAGCUGCACAUUCUGGACCACAGACUGCGAGUCGCCAGCAUCACCAAAAGCGGCCUGGCUCAUUUCACACACCCGCUGAUCAAGUUGAUAUUUCUCCGCCGCCGGACGCGAUGCAAGUUCUUCAGUAUGACCGAGACCCCCGAGAACUACACGCUCGUGUUGGAUGAGGAGGGCUUCAAAGAGUUGGAGGCGUCUGAGCAUGUGCAGGUGGAGAGCUCUGUAUGGCUGCCGCUCAACGUACUGUCAGAUGGCAACGCUUCGGUCAGCUCGCAGCCGCUCGGAGUCACCAAAAUCGCCAAGUCCGUCAUCGCGCCACUGGCAUGCCAGCACGUCUCCGUCUUCAUGCUUUCCACCUAUCAGACCGACUUCAUACUGGUGAGAGAACAGGACCUGUCAGUUGUUGUUGGCACUCUAGAGGAGGAAUUUAACAUUUACCGUGAGGUAGGAGGAGAGUCGCUUCUUGUCCGAAGCCACAAUGUCGCCAAUGGCCUCCACAAGAACGGAAAAGAAGCAGCUGUGCAGCCCACACUUCACCCAGUGCUCAUCCCACAAAACCGGUUCUGCGUCAUGUCCCUGGAUCCAGACACGUUGCCCUCCGUCGCUACUACGCUCAUUGACGUGCUAUUCUACUCUGGCUGUGCCAAAGAGGAUCAGGCGUCUUCUCUGAGCCCAGAUUUGGAGCACAUCAAGUUCUUCUCUUUCUCCCUCAUUGACGGUUACGUUUCACUGGUCAUGGACACAGACACACAAAGAGAAUUCCCUGCCGACCUCCUCUUCACAAGCUCCUCUGGAGAACUAUGGAGGAUGGUGCGCAUCGGCGGACAACCGUUAGGCUUCGACGAAUGCGGCAUCGUAGCGCAGAUAUCCCAGCCUCUGGCUGACCACGACAUCUCCGCCUAUUACAUCAGCACCUUCAGCUUUGACCAUGCUCUGGUCCCUGAAGAAGACAUCACGAGCGUGAGCGACAUGCUCCACAAGCAGCGGACGGACCCGACCAGCGGCUGAGCACUCUAUGCGUGCGUUUGACGCCACAACCAAUUCCUGCUCAAGGAUUUCUUCCCAUGGCAACUUUUUCUCAAGGUUUUGUUAUGUUUUGUUUUGUUUUAAAUUGAUGCGGACCUCUUCAAAAAUGUAGCUAACAUACUAAAAGUACGAGGUUCGGCGUCUUUUUAUUUUUUAUUAGGUCAGUAUUUUGUAAGGAAAAAACACACUAGCAGGUCUGUAACUCUUGAUUAAUUUGCACAAACUUAUGUUACCUUGGACACUUUAUGGGCGACAUUUUGUACUUGCUCAAGUGUUUAAUGUGAAUAAAAUGAAUGGAAACUUGAAAAAUAGAAGUGGAUUUGUCAUUUUUGGGAAAAGGGGGGAAAAAAAAUCUAAAAUUCCCAGGAAAUCCUUGGAAAAAAAUGAAGCAAGAGAAAACCUUUUUUCUUCAUGAAACAAAUACCAAAAUAUUUGAAAAGAAUUUUUUUUAAAAAAGUGAUAGACAAAUAUGUGUGUAUAUAUAUA